GAGAGCAGGGGCUGCAGGAGGGGUGGAGCUGCCCCCAAGGGCGGGCCCAUGGCCUCACGUGCCCUGUCUCCAUGUCUCCCCCAGGUAUGUGGGACCCGGUCCUCCAAGCGAAUCUCCAAGCGGGCUUACCACCAGGGAGUGGUCAUUGUGACCUGCCCCGGCUGCCAGAACCACCACAUCAUCGCGGACAACCUGGGCUGGUUCUCCGACUUGGAGGGGAAGAGGAAUAUUGAAGAAAUCCUGGCAGCCAGAGGGGAGAAGGUGUGCCGAGUGGCCGGUGAUGGGGCUCUGGAGCUGGUGCUAGAGGCCGCGGGGGCCCCCCGAUCUACCACUGCAGCAGAAGGGGGUGAGGACGAGGAUCCCACCCACCCUGGCAAGACAGAGCCCAGCUGACCCUGCCUCCCGCCCUUGAGGGGGCUGCUGCGGCCGGGCCGCUGUGCACGCGCCGGCUUCUGCAAUAAACAGACAUCACUUGCAGGCGA